AUGGUGGUGGAUGCGCCACUACUGCUGUCCGACGAGGUCCGCGUCGCCUUGGCCGAUGGGAGACCUGUUGUCGCACUGGAGUCCACGAUCAUCUCGCAUGGAAUGCCAUACCCUCAGAACCUGCAGACUGCAAAGGACGUCGAGGCGGUUUUGCGUGACCGGGGUGUGGUGCCAGCGACGAUCGGCAUAUUGAAGGGACGCGUCCAUGUUGGUAUGGAUGCUGGGCAACUUGAGGCCCUGGCAAAGCUCGGCUUGGAAUGCCGGAAGGUAAGUCGGAGAGACAUCGCGGCUGUACUGGCCAAGCGUCAGGAUGGUGCAACUACGGUGUCCGCAACCAUGAUUUUCGCCGACAAGGCUGGAAUACCGAUUUUUGUCACCGGGGGGAUCGGUGGAGUACAUCGCGGGGCAGAUGCAACCUGGGACGUCUCAGCCGACCUUACAGAGCUUGGGCGGACUGCUGUUUGUGUCGUCUGCGCGGGCGCUAAGAGCAUAUUGGAUCUUCCGAGGACUCUCGAGUUCCUAGAGACGCAGGGUGUUUGUGUGGCUGGGUACAGGACCAGUGAUUUUCCGGCCUUCUUCACGCCCCGGAGUGGCCUGACAACCAGCUGCAGCGUCGAUGGUCCAGAAGAGGCUGCAGAAGUCUUGGCGCAGCAGCUGCAAGCCUGUCUUGGCUCCGGCAUGGUGCUGGCCGUGCCGGUGCCAGAAAGCUUGGCUGCGGAGGGUGCCAGGGUGGAGGAGGCAACGAGGACUGCAGUGGAGGAGAGCACAAAGCUUGACAUCCGUGGGAACGAGGUCACGCCCUUCUUACUCAAGCGCAUUAACGAGCUCACGGGUGGUCGGAGCGGCUGUGGCGCUCGAGCUCGCGAAGCGAAAGCCACGCUCCCGACUCUGACCGAAGGAGGGGUGCUCCUCCUCGGAGAGAAAGCGGUAAGCUGCUUUGAGCAGUGGAAUGUUUUCUUGGCCGUUGACUUGUUGAGUGGACGUCACGUCGCGUUGUCGGGGCUGGGACCUGCGUCGUUGGACGGUGCCUUCGCCGGUGCAAUCACGACUUGCCAAAGACUCAUUGUGCUCAGAUUUGGUUCGAAGUUCGAAGGAAAGCUUCCAGUCCACAGAAGCUGCGAGGAGGACUCGCCAGAUGACACGGGUGAGAGCGUUGCAAGCUCAGCGGACCAGUCUUUGCAGCCCGGUCAGAAGCCAGUCUCGCUGGACCUCGACACCCAACCGCUGGUGGAAUGCCUUGACGCCUUGAUGCCGGCAGGAAGUUCGAGGCUUCAAGGGCCUUUCUGUCGGUCUCGGCACGGUUUUGUGAUAGCUGUCAAAUGCGGGGCCAAGAUCCGGGUUCACAUCCGCGUGCGGCCGCCAACCGAGCGCGAGAUUGCUGUUGGGAGCGCGCAGGCAGUCUUUGUAGACGGAAGCUCCGUCAUCAUCAAGUCUGACCCGCCCAGGAGCUUUGCUUUCGAUGGUGUUCUUGGAGAGUCCUCCACCCAGCAGGACGUCUUCGAAUCUCUGGGAAGGAUGGUUGGCUCCAGCUGCCUAGCCGGCUACAAUGGGAGCGUUUACGUGUACGGACAAACGGGGGCCGGUAAGACGCAUACAAUGUGUGGUCCAAUAACAUCUGUACAGUCCAUGCAGUUCGACGAGCGCCGUGGCAUCAUCUGCCGAAUGCUCGACUAUGUGUUCUCCGAGGUUGCAAGAAGAGGGACGGAAGACUCUGGGGUCGAGCAUUCCUGCAGAUGCUCUUUUCUCGAGAUCUACAAGGAACAGAUCACAGACCUCCUCGAGCCGGCCAACACCAAUUUGCAAGUGAGGGAGGACAUGAACCGCGGGGUGUAUGUGGAGAGGCUGAGUGAAGUCACUGUGGGUUCUCUGACAGAAGCCUUUCAGGCGAUGUUCCUUCAGAGUUGCUGUGGCAUCCUCCAGGAUGGACGCCGCAGCCACCGCGCACCACUCUCGGGACGGCUGACAGGACGAGGUGGCAAGCGAUCAGGCGACGACCAGCGAGGCUCGGAAAGGCGCUUCUCCGCGGAGAGCAAGGAUCCAGCUGGGCCUUCUCAACCGCUGCUGGGUGAGAAUCCGAGCGCCGAGACCUCAUGGUUGAACCAAGUUUCCAAUCAGGUCACAGAGGCCUGGGGCAUCUACGGCGAUGCCGACUUGAUGCCUUACCGGAAGAAGAUCUUGCAGAAGAGCCCGUCGAUGGUCGCCACGGGCCAGCGCGGGGCCGUCCGAGCGGCAGAGGAGAGCCUCAGCACCGGAGAUCAGCCACCAGCAGCUGAGCCCGGGGAGGAGCUCGUGACAGAGGAGAACAUUAUGCUUUCCCUUCGAGUUGUUCGUGGCAAGGAGUGGCAACACGGUGAUGAGGACGGCGGUCCAGGAUUUGUGGGCAUAGUCCUGUCCUUCGACACCAAGCGAUUGACCGCACAGGUGCUUUGGGAGCGGACGUGCCAGGCGCACUCGCACUACCGCUACGGCACACGCUAUGGCAAGGGGAGCGACCUGGCCGUCUUCAAGCCCGCGCUGGGCGUCACCCCGAGCCUGGGCCGGCGGAACUCACAGGAGUUCUUUGCGACGAAGUUCCAGACGAUGAUUGUACUGGACUGGGACGACUCGCUCUUUCCCACCUCUUACUUGAGAGACGAGCUACGUCUGUCCUGGAUGAAAGCCUGGAAAGACCAAAAUCUUCCUGCGAAGCUGAAAGAUGAGGUGGCUUCCAAAUUGGCGAUCUGCCAAACCAAGGUGGUGGAUCUGCUGAAGCAGACGACCGACGCUGGCAAGGUGAUCCUUGUGACUCUUGCGCGGAAGCCGUGGGUGCUUGACUCCUGCAGGAACUUUUUCCCCACAGUGGGGCAGGCCAUAACAGAGCUCAACGUGCCCGUGAUCUAUGCCCAAGACGGUGCUGGUGUGGAUUAUAACAAGGUUCAUAUGUCCUCCAAUGCGGAACUCGAAAGGUUCUGGAGUGGCAUGAAAGCACGGGCCAUUGCCAGGGAGUGUCGGGAGUUCUACUCGCAGUACGAUGGUCAGAGCUGGAAGAAUGUCAUCUCCAUCGGUGAUUCUGAUUUCGAACGCCUGGGCACGAUGCUGGCCACGAAGGACUACAUGGCUCAGACCGGCAUCCAACGUGCCGACAACAGCGACAAUUGUGCGGUGGUUGACGAUCACGUCUACAAGGUACGCACGAAGACACUGAAGAUGGUGGAUCAACCCUCCAUUGACGAACUUAACACUCAAUUGGGCCUCUUGCGCACUUGGCUGCCACUGAUGGCAUGGGGCUCAGAAAGGUCUGAGUGCGCUGACAAACGUGAUCAUGUCAUUGUCCAGGGUCGCGUAAACGAAGUGGGGACGGCCGGCGUGCAGGGCCGACGUUUCUUCUGCGCGAUUCUUUGGGCGGAAACUCGAAGACGGCACGCCACUUGGGGUGGAGUGGAGCAGGUGACGGUUGAAGCGAAAGGUCUGCUUUGUUUGGCCAGGCUGAAAUUUGCGGCACGUGCAAAGCACAUUCGCUGCACGGUGGUCCGAAACGAGGCGUUUAGCGGCACGGUGGAAAGCCUGAUGGAAGAGGUGCAGAUGCUGCGGAACAAGUUGGCUCAGCUGAGUGGCCGGAGCUUUGACAGAACGCCUCUUCAGUCACAGCUGUCGCCUGGGAGCAUCUCUGAGGGUGUCGAGGAGGAGCCCGAAGCCGAAGACGUGGGCUUCGCUGCGGUGACGAACGACCUGGAGGAGGAGCAGUCGAGCCUCAGCGACCGGCAGCGGAUCGCUCGCUUGGAGGUGCUGCUCUCGGCGGCACUGGAGCGCGAGGCCUCGGCGGAGCAACGGCGCUUUCGCCUCAAGCGCCUCGCCACCUUCCUCGAGGACUUGGAUUUCCGGAAGUGCCACCGACUGCGGAAGCUUCAUGCGGAGUAUGUCUCUCAACUGGCCCCACAGGUGGAGGGUUCGGCCAUUGCAGACGACAUGGAAGUCCGGGAGUUGUCUGCGAAACUGAAGAGCUUCGGCCAUCUUCUGGGAAACCUCACGCGAGGUGCUCGAUUGGAGGACGGCGACUACGGCUACGGCGCCGGAAUGGACUCGGAUACACAGUCUACAGAAGCCUCGUCUGGCAUGCCGAUGGAGAGCGUCGAGGACCAGGCUGCCAUCUCGGGUGACGAAGCGAAGUUCAUUCGAGAAGAGAAUCGCAUGCUCAGAAGGCAAUUGGAAAAUCAUCCAGAGGUGCAGCGCAUGAUUGCAGAGAACUGGGCUCUGCGGGAAGAACUGCGAGCGUUGGAUCCAACAGGUUGGCCGCGGGUUCCCGGACAGCCAUCGCCUGCAGGUGCCUCACAGCCUCACGGCUCGGGGGAUGGCGAAAACAAAGUCCUGCCCUCGCCCCCUUCCAUCAGCUCGGAGGUUCUAGCCGGUGUCGAAGCGGACGACGAGAGCUCGAGCAAGACCUGGUUCUACUUCCAGAAGAUGGCAAAGGAAGUCGAGGAACUCAUGCGGGCCAAGGAGAGCCUCUCGCGAGCAAUUGAACGGACGCAAAGAGAGCCCGGCGGCGCAAGCCAGGGAUUGAGCAGCGAGGUGCAGAGCUUGAUGAGCCAGCCUGCGAAGGAAGCUUCUGGUGCAGUUCCUGUUUCCUCGGUCGUUGAGCUGGACAUUGCCACCCAAGAAGCCCUCAAGCAGGCUCAAGGACUCCUUCAGGGGCCCGGCUGCGCCCGGCUACCUGCGGUCACUGCGGCCGGCGCUGCAGGGCGGCGCGGUGCGAAGGAGGUAGAUGACGGUCGCUCUCCAGAGCGAGGAUUCGCACCUCCGGAGCAGGUUGGGGCGGUGCCAUGUGACGACGAAGAGCGCUUUAAGCAGGCCGUGCAGCGCAUACAGCAACUGCAGGGCACCGUAGACUUGGUCAGUGCUGCCUACGGCGAUGCUUUUGAUGAGUUCCAGCGCUUGAGAGAGGAGUACGAGAGCCGGCUUGAAGAGUGUCAAUUCUUUGAGCUGCAGUGCAGUCGUCUAAACCUCACCUGCCUCGAUCUAGCAGAGAGGCUUAGCGGUGGCAAGAGCGCCAUGCGUCCACGCCCAGGCUUCAGCACGACGGGCCUGUGGCACUCGCAGAGUGCAGUGGAGAGACAGAAGCGAAGCUUUUCUAUGUCGUCCUUGCGAGAUGCGACCUUCUGGCAGCAGAGGUUCGAGGAGCUUAGAGAACUGACCGGAGCAGACCCUUUGCCAGAGGACUUGAGUGUCACUGAGAUGCCCGCGCGGUCAAGCGAGUCCCUUCAGGGCUCAACUCCGUGGAUGCUCGGAGACAUCGACUCAGGCCGCGGCCGCCAGCAUGUUCGUUCAUGA